AACAAACCCUAAACUUCUUACCCCUCCAUUUCCUGAUCAUUAUAUUCCAUCUAUCCCCACCAUUCCUACUUCCAAACUUAAUUGGUACUGAUCAACUGUGUAGCAAUGAACCUGGAAGUGGGAGAGAAAGAUCAUAUUGGCAUGGACAAUCUGCAAGUUCCCCCCUCUGAGCAUCUCUGCUACGUCCGUUGCAACUUCUGCAGCACUGUUCUUGCGGUUGGGAUUCCAUGCAAACGGCUGUUGGAGACAGUGACAGUGAAAUGCGGUCAUUGUAGUAAUCUUUCCUUUCUUAGCAGCAGGCCUCCCCUCCAAGGCCAAUGUCUUGUUGACCACCAAAUGACACUUCAGGGCUUUUGCGGUGACUUCAGAAAGGGUCAGUCCUCGUCCUCAUCGUCUUCUUCGACUUCAAGCGACCCGCUGUCCCCCAAGGCCCCCUUUGUUGUAAAACCUCCCGAGAAGAAACACAGGCUUCCAUCUGCCUACAAUCGAUUUAUGAAGGAAGAGAUACAGCGCAUCAAAGCUGCAAAUCCUGAGAUACCACACCGAGAGGCCUUCAGCACAGCUGCAAAAAAUUGGGCUAGGUACAUUCCUAAUUCACCAUCAGCUGCUGGGUCAGUUGCAGAUGGCAGUACCAGUGUAAGAAACCAUACUCUCUCUCUUUUUGAACGCAAAAAAGAGAUUUUCCCUUGAUGAUUUCAGUGCUGAGGAAUUCUGUUUUGGUUUCAAGGGCUUCUCUUUUGCGGGAAUGAAGUGAUGUGUAUUUGUGUAUGGGGGAAUAAUUAUGCCAUGCAUGAAAUUGACCAUGAUCAUCAAUAUUGAAGUCUCCCCUGGUGCACCUACAUUACUUUGCUCAUUUCACCUACCUAGUUUAUUUCUUUCAAUCAAACUUUCUUGUCUGGUGACUAAUCUAAUAUAUGAUAUGCUAGCUAGCUGGUUAGCUUGCAAUGGUCUUUCUCUCAAGCUUGGUAGCUGUAGAGAGAUAUGAUGAUGUUGUGUAAUAUUUAAAAUUGAGUAAGUACUUGAUCAUCUAGAUAGACAAUCUUCGUAUA